AUGACCCCUCCCCUUCGCUCUGAGCGAAGGUUUUCGGGCGUCUCGCGACGAAACUUGGUCUUGCCCUCCUGGUCUGCGACUUUCGAUCGACCACCCCGAGGCGGCACUGAUACUGCUCGGGAUGCCUCUGAUCUCACCGCCAGCUUACCGACAGUAGUUAGCGACGGAACAGAUUGCUGGAAAGGUGUAAGAAGGGUCGUCGUCAUAGGCGUUCACGGCUGGUUUCCCAACUUUACGGCGCUACAAAAGGUGGUGGGCACACCGCGCACCUCCGGCUAUUUCUGUUCGAUGAUGGGUCAAUCCGUUCUGGCCGCUUUCGAGAACGCUCAUGGCGUUGGCGAAGAUCAGUUAGACAAGUUGACCUAUAUACCGCUCGACGGCGAAGGCAGCAUCUCGGAGCGGGUGGAAAAACUCUUCAAGGUCUACCUGAGCAAGCCGGAAUGGGUCAACGAUGUAGAGCGCGCCGAUGCCAUCUUCGUCGCAGCUCAUUCCCAGGGAUGCAUCGUCGCGGCUCACCUGUUGGCCCGGAUGAUCGAGAAUGGGCACAUUCACACAUCGCAGAUGCCUCGCGUCAUCUUGUCGUCUUUCUGCGGGGUACAUCUCGGUCCUUUCUACAACAGCGCGACUUCAACCGUCAUCACUCCGUAUCUAUGGUUUGAGCAUCCGAGCGCGAGGGAGUUAUUCGACUUUCAAGAUACGUCAUCCCGGGUCAGCGAGGACUACCAGAGCAGUCUCCGGUUGAUCCUUGAUCGUGGCGUUAAGGUGAUCUUAUUAGCGUCUCUUGACGAUCAAAUGGUACCGAUCUACAGCGCAUCCUUCUCCGCCGCAAGACAUCCACUAUUGCUUCGAGCGCUUUACGUGGACUCUUCCAUCUCGUCGUCUCAUGACUUCAUACUCAACCUCAUCACUUUGGGCAUGAUGAUUUUGAACGCUGGCUUGGACGAUCAGGGUCUGAUCAGUCAUCUAAGCGAAGCGACGGCGGGCGCUUGGCGCGGCGUGGGGCAUUCCUCGCCAUACGAGGAUCCAGGGGCUUAUGAUCUGGCCGUAAACUAUCUGUUGAAGACGUCAAAUCCUGGCGCAGAGCCUCUCGAGGUGGAGUCAUUUGGCGCCCGAGACGUCAAAAAUGACUACGAACUGCCCUGGAUUUUGAGAGGCGUGAUGGACGAUCCGAAGGUGCAAGAGCUCUUUCCAUCGGAAAUCAAGGCGCUCAAAGAUACCAUCUUGUCCUGGCAGCCCGAUACACGGGCGUUGAGGGAUAUCAAGAGAAGGGCAAGUCGACUCUCCCAACCCGUCCUCACCGUGCAUGACUGA